AUGUCCUAUGAUAGAUAUUUAGCUAUAUGCAAACCUCUCCAUUAUGUCACCAUGAUGAAUGGCAGAACUUGUUUCAAAUUGAUAGCCUUCUCUUGGGUUAAUGGUUUCAUGGCAACUGCAGUAACCCAGUUUAUCAUGUCUCAAUCAGCUUUAUGUGAUAAUAAAAUUGACCAUUUCUUUUGUGACACCUUCCCAAUCAUAGACCUGUUUUGUGGUGACACCCAUGCCUUCAAACUCUUUCUUUAUACUUUAAGUUCCAUAUUCACUUUUCCACCAUCUAUAUUAACUCUAACCUCAUAUGCUUUUAUCAUUUUAACCAUAGUAAGGAUGCCAUCUAGUAGAGGAAAGCAGAAGGCAUUUUCCACUUGUUCUUCUCAUCUCUUGGUAGUCACUAUUUUUUAUGGCACACUGAUGAGUAUCUAUGCAAUACCAAAUACCAUAAAAGUAAGUGGUCUUCAUAAAAUGUUAUCUGUUAUCUAUACCAUCCUAACUCCCAUGCUUAAUCCUGUAAUAUAUACUUUGAGAAACAAAGAGGUGAAAAAUGCCUUCCAAAGAUUUAUUUCAGUUUUCUUUCUAAGAAUUUAUAGAAAAAUCAUAUAA